UCUGCAUGUACUGAUAUGUGCGACGCUCAAGGAGUUUGUGCUCCGGUCAGGCACGCUCACUGGGAUCCUAACCGUCACCAGCACAUAAAAGCGCGGAUAACGGAGAUGACUCCCCUCACACAGCAACACGAAACGGAGCAAAGUGUACGCAGAUGGCAGCGAAGAAGUGUCCUGUCAGUUUCCACACACCUUUGGAUGUGACGCGCUCCAAGUAGCGGGAGUUUACCGUGACAGACAGCAGGUGGGAUUCCACUAAGAGGAGACUUUCUGUUGGACAUGGGACCGGGUCUCGGCUGUUUUGGAUACGGUACCGGAGGAACCGCGUCUUCUUGAACGGAGAGCUGUCGACAGUAGGACACCGACGAGAUGCGCUCCGACCACGGCUUCAUCCUGCUGCUCCUCAACGGGACAGCGUGCUUGCUGGCUCUAGGACAGGAAGAUACCCACUCGUCAUCUUCUUCCUUCCCCUCGUCUACGUCAAAGUCCUCCUCCUCAGCAGACUCCUCCAAAACUCUGGGGGUUCUGGGAUCUCAGGGUUCGAUUUCACCCCUGAGUCGCUGGGUGAUGCACAGCCGCGGCCGUGCCGCCAACACUUCCACAAUGGAGCUGCCCUAUCGUUCGCCGGUGCCCUUUUCCAAACAGGAAUUCUGGGAAAUGCUGGGCAGCGAUCUCCUCAAAUCAGACACGGACGCAUCGGGGAACUCACGUGUCAAGCGCCGUCCACCAAUCGUCAAAACUGGCAAAUUCAAGAAGAUGUUCGGCUGGGGCGACUUCUACUCCAACAUCAAGACGGUGCGCCUCAACCUGCUUAUCACGGGUAAGAUCGUGGAUCACGGGAACGGCACCUUCAGCGUCUACUUCCGUCACAAUUCCACCGGGCAGGGGAACAUCUCGGUGAGCCUGGUACCUCCGGUGAAGGCCGUGGAGUUCGACUUGGAGCGCCAGAGCGUGGUCUACCCUAAAGACUCAAAGAUCUUCAACUGCCGCGUAGACUACGAGAAGGUGGACCGCAGCAAACGCACAUCGCUCUGCAACUAUGACCCCUCCAAGACCUGCUUCCAGGAGCAGACACAAAGCCACGUGUCCUGGAUCUGCUCCAAACCCUUUAAGGUCAUUUGUAUCUACAUUUCCUUCUACAGCACAGACUACCGACUGGUGCAGAAGGUCUGUCCAGACUAUAAUUACCACAACGAGAUGCCCUACCUACCCUCAGGCUAGAGCUUCAGGGAGCAAUGGACUGGAGCAAGGAGGGCUGGAUAGGAGGGAAGGAGUUGGCAUACAAAGGAACAGUUCUAUUAUAGAUGUGAAGAUGUGAAGGAGGGUUUUUUUUAUCUAAAGACUCUUCAGAAACUUAUCAUUGAGCUGAUAUGGAACACCCCCUCAUGACCUGAACAUCACAGGUGGUUCUCUAAAAGGUGAAUGUACAGUAUUCGAUGUGCUGCAGUUGAUGUCUUGAAGAACCUCUUAAGCAACCUGGCAAAUGUGACCUGCAAAAACAUAUAUAUGCAAAACCAAAAGGUCAGGCCCAGGUGCUCAGGGUGGGAGUGUCCGCUACAACAGUCCGAGUCCCUGAUUGGCUUCGCUCAUCAGUGCCCAGUGUUACGGUCUUCUAAUUAACACGUAGGAUCUAGAAAAUAUGCUUGUCACCAUACACUGUAAAAACACACUGUUUGUUGAGUCAACUUAAAAUAAUGUGUUACUUGGCUGCCUUUAAAAUUUUAAGUUCAGUCAACUCAAUAAAGUAUGGUCAACUUGAAAUGUUAAGUUAUACUAAGUGACAACUGAGUUGAUUCAACUUAAAAUUUUAAGACAGCUGGGUAACAAGCCCAUCUUUUAAGUUUAACAAACCAAAUUAUUAGUCAACUCAAAUAUCUAAGUUGUGACUUAGUACAACUUAACAUAACAUAAAGUUGACUAAACUUAUUUGAGUUGACUGAACCUAAAAUUUUAAGUCAGCGGGGUAACAAAUUAUUUUAAACAAAUUGUGUGUGUUUUUUUUUACAGUGUAGGCUGCUAUGAAGAGGUGGAAGAGGUUGCUGCUUUGGUGUACACCAGGGGUCUCCAAACAAGGUCCUGGAGGGCUGGUGUCCUGCUGAGUUUAGCUCCAGCUUGCCUCAACACACCUGCCUGGAAGUUUCUAGCAUGCCUAGUACCUCGAUUAGCAGGACACUGGUCCUCCAGGACCAAUUUUGGAGACCCCUUGUGUACACUAGUUCUUUUUUAGCAUCUAUGGUUCCAUGGCAUCAGUGGUUCUGUGAUAUUCAUGGAAACUUUCCAUUGCACAAAAUGUUCUUUAGAGUGGAAAAAGGUUCUUUGGGGAACCAGAAAUGGUGGAUGUAUGGCCCUCUACUUUUAAGAGUCUAGCUUGUUUUUCCAAAAACAAACACAGCUAACACAAACUAACGGAUGCCACAGAAAAAAUUGCAGAAUGCAAGAGAAAAAAAUGACCGGAUUUCACAAAAAGAUAAAAGCCUCCCCUCCCUAAUAUCAAUGAGAAAGAACGAAAGCAGGACAGAAAGCACCUUAAUUAAAAAUACAGCACCGAAAAAGAGAUGUUGAGUCUGCAUUGAGCCCAAUCUCUCUAUUGUUCUGACUGUUAGGGAAGAGCAAAAAGACGUUUUGUUUGGUCAGGAUUCCUGACUUUGUGCUGUGAUAACUGUUCUGCUGAACGCACGAUUGCUUCGUCCUUGUCUGAACAUUCCCUUGCAGUCAGCCGGUUUAUCGUUGAGAAAAAACGAGAAAUACUAUUAUGUUAAUUUUGCAUAAUUUAAUCACACCGCACUGGGAGAGCUUGCAUUACAUUCUGAGAUUUACCUGGCCAAGGCUUUCUCUGGAUGUAAAAUUACCACAUUAGACAAACAGUAUUCAAGCUGACCUUCAAUGAACACACUGUUUAUUAAUAAUUACUAUGAAGGAAAAUCAGUUACAUAAAAUUCAAGUGGUUUUAGAUAAAACACGGGCAGACCUUGUGAAGACUAAGUGAAAACAGGCCAGGUGAACUUAAGUCGUCAGGGGAGAAAUGACGGAAGAGGAAAGACAGACAAGAAGGAUGGAAGGUAAAAGACAGCAGUGGGAGUUAUGACGUCUGCAGUGACGAGCAGGUGUACAUAGAGUAAAGAGGAGAAUAAAUGAGGCCAUGAAAGGGGGAAAAAAGUGAUGCGCAGCAUGAGAAAAUGGACCAGGAACAAACACAUGAGAAAGGGACAGAAUGAAUACAAGAGAGAGGAAGAGGAUGAGAAUAAUGAAAAAAGACUGAAAAACAAACUCAGGAUGCUAAAUAGAGUAACAUAAAAGCACAAUGUGGAACAUCAAAGUGUCGUCUCACCAAGAGAGUUGGAGGGAAGAAGCUUUUUACGAGCCCACGAAGGAAAAAAACCCUCAUUGCCUGAAGUUAAAUUCAGUACGGUGAAUACACCCCUGUGGGUUUCCACGCGAUUUAGAGCGCUGCACAGACGGAAAUAUCCUGCUGGAUAGAUCAGUGUAUCCAUGUUCUUAAAAGACCUACUAUUUAUCUCCCUCUAAUCUGAAAUCUAUUGUUUUACAUACAGACAAAGCUGCAAAGCACUCUGACAAUAGCCUGUGUACCACUGUCAUGUGUCACUGACGGGUCCAAAAUUACCUGGAAAUAUCACCAGCAGGUCAUAUAUAAGCUGGUUUUCGUCUCUUGGUAAAAUAACAAAAAUAAAUAAAUAAAUAAAUCACUAUUGCCAUUCAGCUAAGCAGAUGGUUUGAUCUUACAUCUGAUUAACAAUCCAACUUAAACCAUGUUGCGAUUCCUUCUCUGUGUUCAUUUUGUAGGUACAGUAGAAGAAGAGUCACCUGUGACUGCUUUUACAGGUCUGUGUCUGAUCUGUGUAAUUGAACGUUUGAUCCAGGCUGUGAUGCUUUGAUCUGUCUCUGUUGCUUCCUAAAGCAUGUUGAAAUGUUUGGCCAGUCUGGUCAUAUCAAAUUUGCCUCAGUCUAAUUCUCAGAACAGACACGUGAAAAUAAAACACCUCUGUCAGUGCUCCAGGCUUUGCCCAGUGCAGCAUGCCUCGUCUGCCCUGCUGGUGAACUGAGCGCUGAGGCUCACAGCUCUCUGCUCUCUUCUCCCUCAGGCGCUGGUCUGGACUGAGCUUCCUAAUCUCCUGCAGCUUAACUACACUACCGCCUGCACACAAGAGCACACACACACUCAUAGUCCCACUCGUGUAAGGGUGUAAUUGCUCAACCUGUAGGAAUCCUUCGUUCUUUUUUUCAUCGGUUCUGUUAUGUUCUCUUUCAAUCGUUCAACUUCAUUUUGUUGGUGUCACUUGGGUCUUUCAUUUGUUUAUUCUCUUUUUUAUUGUUUGCUUAUUUUUUUCUAUUCAUUCCUUUGUUUGUUCUCUUUUAUUUGUUCAGCUUCAUUUGUUUCAUUCAUUAGUUUAUUCUUUCAGUCAUUCUUUUUCUUUUGUUUGCCUUUUAAAUUUCUCUCUUUUGUUUGUUCAUUCCCUUUCUUUUUCGUUCUUUCAUUAUCUUUUGAUUUCAUUUGUCUUCUUCCUUUAAGUCAUUAUUUGUGUUCGGUCGUUCGAUCUUCCUUCAUCCCAGCAGGCACAGGACAUCAAUAUCACAUCAAGUUGACGUUGGACAUGACAUCAGACGUUGCAUAUUAGUUGAUAAUGAAAAUCUCGUUGACGUCAAUAUUUGGCGUUGACUUAACGUUGGAUUUUAGUUACACAACCUAAAAACACAAAUAUCGAUGUCAGCUGAUGUUAGUAUUGGACAUCAAAUUAACACUGGUGUUAGAUGUUGAACUGACAAUGAAUUUUCAGUUGCGACGUCACCCAAUGUCGCAACUGAAAUUUAACCAAAUAUUAAUAUCUUAUGACAUUGUGUUUCUGCUGGGACUUUUCUUCUGUUCAGUCUCUCUUUCUUACUGUGAUUCUCUCUCUAUCUGAAAUAUAAAGAAUCCUUCCUUUUGCUCCUUUAGUUUGUUCAUUUGUACGCUUCCUUUUUCAUUCAUUCUUUGAAUUUCUUCCUUCCUAACAUCCUUUUUGAACGUUCUUUUAAUAGAAUCGUUUUCAUUUGUUGUUUCUCUUUUGUUCAGAUUUUUUUUGUUUGUACAUUUCCUUUCAUUUCUUUGCUUUUUCAUUCGUGUCUCUCUAUAAAUAUUUCUUUCAUCCUUGCAACAACAUCUGCACUUUCUUCUGAGAUGUUUCUUUUUUAUUUGUUUUUCUCUUUCCUUCUUUCACUUCUGUUCAAUCUCCCUUCCUUCUCUUAUUCUUUCUGUAAUUAUUUCUAUCUGAAAUAGAGAAUAUCUGAAGAGUCCUUUUGCAAAAACAGAUAACUCUGAUUUUCAAAAAUCAUGUUUUUUUAUUUCAAUUAAUGUUAAUCGAAUUGCAGUUAAAUUAUUUUGAUAUAAAGUAAAAAAAAAUAAAAAAUACAGCUAACACAAUAAAACACAAUAAAAACAUCACAAUAAAAAUGAUUUUUUGAAAAGUUAUGUUUUUGCAAAUAAACUCUUAAUUUCUUUUUUGCUCUUUCUUUACAUUUCAUUUGUUCUUUUGUUCGUUCACUUCCUUUCAUUUGUACGCUUCCUUUUUCAUUCAUUCUUUGCAUUUCUUUCUUCCUCACAUCCUUUUUGCACUUUCUUCUAAUAAAAGUUUUCAUUCACAGUUUCUCCUUUGUUCAUUCUUUUUCAUUUGUUCACUUCCAUUCAUUUGUUUGCUGUUCAUUCGUGUCUUUCUAUCAAUUUCUUUCUUCCUUGCAUCCCUUUUGCACUUUCUUCUGAGAUCAUCUUUUGCAUUAUUUUUUUAAUUCUUUUUUUUUGUUUUUGUUCACUUCCCUUAAUCAGUUUGCUUCCGUUUUCAUUCAUUCUUUGCAUUUCUUUCUUCCUUAUAUCCUUCUUCUAAUAAAAUAGGUUUCAUUCUUUUUUUCUUUUAUUCACUUGAUCUUGUUUGCUUUUUCAUUCAUUUACGUUUCUGUCAGGGCUGUCACAAAUGAUUAUUUUGGUAAUCGAGUAAUCUGACGAUUAUUCUGACGAUUAAUCGAGUAAUCUGAUAACUAUAUAUAUAUAUUUUUUGUAGCAAUAAAAAUGGACCUAAGUGAACAAUAGCCUUUAAAAUUACUUAAAAUACAUAAUAGCAAUGAGGCAAUAAUAAUUAGUUCAAAUAAGGUAUCAAAAGCAAGUAAUCAUAUUGUUUUAUUCAACAAAACUGUUAAAAUACAUGUAUUAUAAACAACAGAGCCAUUGUACAUUAAGCAUUAUAACAAAUUUGUUUUUACGCUUUACUGAUACGUGGAAUGCGCCACUUCCGGUAUUUUGCCGAUUACUCGACACGUGCAAUGAAGGAUUUUUAAAUUGAAUACUCGAAUAGAAUCGAGGAAUCCUUGUAGCCCUACUUUCUAUCAAUAUUUCUUUCUUCCCUGCAUCCCGUUUAAUUUGUUUUUCUUUCAUUAUUUUGUUUUUGUUCACUUCCUUUAAUCUGUUUGCUUCCUUUUUUAUCCAUUCUUUGUCUUUCUCACUUUCUUCCAUUCACUCUUCCUUCCUUCUUUUUCCAGCUCACUUUCUCUAUUUCUGUCUGUUCCUCAAGAAACAUCUUCAGCAAACCCCCAGUGGUUCCCUUCACUCUUCUCACGGUCACAGAAUCCCUCCUUGAUAUUGCACUCACACUUAGCUAACAACAGAACAUUAAGUGUUCCCCUGGUGAUUUCGCACGAGAGCUCGCUGACUAUUGCGUGUCUAUAUUAAACCGCCGAACACGAGCACGAGAGGGCUGCGCUAAAAUGUACAGUUUAGAAAUCAAUCCUAAUUUGCUUCUAAUUGCUUGCAGGUAAUAGUAGCACUCUGAAUGCUACUUACCCACAAAAGCUGGCUGCAAAUCUGUUUAUACCCAUACACAACGCAGUCCCCUACAGGAACAGAUACCAUUAUAUCAAGGGGGAAAUGUCUCCAAAACAACUCCGAAUCUCCCUCUGACUGCAGAAGAGGGAUAAGGAGACUACACUGUCACGCACUGCUGGGCGUUGCCAAAGCAAGGAUAAAAGUUGAAGUGGAGGAACUCUUCAGUUGUCAUAGCGACAGGCUCCUUGGCUGGCCUGCCGGGCUUGGACGGAGCAUCGGACACCUGGUCAAUCCGUAGACGCAGAACUGAGCUAGCGGCCUCAAUUGUACAAUGAAAUGUGGUACUGAACAGACAUAUACUGCACAUAAAUAUAUAAAUAAAUGAAUAUUUAUAAAUAUAUAUAUAUAUAUGAAAAUAUAUAUAUGAAUACAGAUAUAUACAAUACUCCAACUCCCAGGAACUGGAUGAAGCUGUAUUACAUGUCAGACAUACAGUGGACUUUUCUCUGGUUCAUUUGAGGUUUACUGUUUAGUUCUCUAUUUUUACAUUGUUUAUUUUACGUGUGUGUCAUAUUGAUAUAGUGUAUGGAUGACAAUGGUGGCAUUUAUUGUGGUUUUCUGACAUCUGACAACAAAAAAAAUCUGAAUAAAUUAGAAGGAAAGCACUGAGUUUGGCUCCCGAGCUCAGAGGGCUA